UGCAACAGCUGCAAACGAAGCGCGUGGGGCCUCGAGGUCUCUUUCUAGCCGGACGUGCCCCUCGAUCACACGCUUCUUCUGUUACGGACGCUGUACGGUGAUGUAGGGACAAUGUCAUUGCUGCUGGAGUGAGGUCCACAGUAAGCUCAGGAGUGCUGACCAUCUCGGAGACAAAAACAGGCCCCUUGUGACACGAUGGCGAACAUCUCUUUCCAGCUUGUGGCCCUUCUCCUCCUGCCAGCACUGCAGAGCAGAUACCUCACCACUGAGCUGGCAUUCUCCCACCAGCAGGAAACUGGUGAUGAAACUUUAAGAAGCACCUCCAGGCAGCUCCAUGGAGUUAGCUCCAUGAUGCAGAUGACAACAACUACAACUGCCACAGGUGGUCUAAGUAUAAGGACUGCGCCUCAGCAUACACUGGAAUCAGCAGCAAGCCUAAGAAAUAGCAAAGAUGCCACAAUGGAGAUGUCCAACACCAGAGCCAAGCGCAGUACCGGCCUACUGACCAGCACCUUGGCAACCCUUCAGGAUGGUAGUGGGCCACUAAGCAGUGGAGUCAGCAUGGAGAAGAUGACUCCAUCAUCACUUCCCUUUCUGUCAGACCCUGGUGAAACAAGCUCUAUACAGAUGGUAUUUGAGACGUCUGCAAAGCCAGUGCCCCAACUCGCAGAGCUCACAGCGGUGGAGACCACUAAUGGAACAACCAUGUUUAACAUAACAGUUAGCUCAACAACAAGCGCAUCAUCAACAGCUAUACUACUGACUCACCCAGAAACAGAGAGAAGCCCAGUGAACUCCAUCACCUCCACAACAGCCCCCACCCCCUUGACUACUUCCAGAGUGCCCACAACUCUCACAUCAAAGGAAGAAACCACUCGUGGAAGGAUAACCUCUCCAGACAUCAUGCAUACCACAUCCACUGAGGGACCAGUGGUGCAGUCCACAAGUGAGACUCCCAAGCCUCACGAUAACUUGACUCCCACACUGCUCAGCAGCAUCACCACCACUGAGAUCACUACCCAACCCAAUACCAGCCCUACCACGAGAAGCCUGACCCAGCAAAUAAUUAAGUCACAAACACCUUCACAUAAACAGCAAGCGAGUCACAAUCCAGGCAUUACAGCAGCCAUCAUUAUAGCUGGGUUGCUCAUUCUGAUGGGUGGGAUGAUCUUGGUGAUUCUGCUCAAGAAGCAGUGUUGCCAGCCACAGAAAAAGGAGGACCCAGCCUGGGCAGGGCCCUCGCCCUUUCUGGAUGGAGAAGUCCAACCUCGCCUCACUGGAGUUGAGGAUGACAGCAUGGCCCAGAAGCCAUCCUCCAAACGGGCUUCCCUGCAGAGAUUCCUCUUGCAGCGCUCCGAUAAGCGCCAGUCCCUUCUGAAGGAGGAGGACGACCAAGUAGCUAUGGAGGAAUUACAGGCAGGCAGCACAUUUGGGAGAGUCCAGGACAGAGAAUCUCCAGUUGGCAAUGGCACCACAUCCACCAAUGGCGCAACAGAUAACCCAAAGUCACCUCCUGAAAGCAUGUCUUCCCCUGAAGGGAACGUUAACCUUGGGCAAGACCCCAUGAUGGAGGAAGCCACAUCUCCAGUUCCCCCACUGGACAUUCCAUCACUCUCUACGGCCCCUUUACUGGACAUCGACCUUGGCCCACCGACUGGAGAGGAAGCUCCUCCCACACCAAAUGAAGCUCCCCUGGUUGCUCCACCACUUUUACCUUCUUCUGAACAGUGAGACUUUCAUUUGACUUUUGAGGAGAAAACACUUUCAAUGGCAAAACAAUGAUACUAGAAAAGGGAAACGAUGAUUCACAGUGAUGACUGAUUGAUUGAUUCUCUGAUUGUCACACUUUUGCCCCUAUUGACCACUGACACAGUAUUGUGCAGUAUUCUCCAUUUGCCGAGUGCAAUGCACUGCAUUUUAGCAUUCUUUUGCUUUAGUUGUACAUUUUAGAUAAGCUUAUUUAUCAAAGUUAUUGCCUGCUUAUGAAAAAAUGCCCAUAAUAAUGCUUCUUAAGACUAUAUUUCAUACUUGCACUAAGACAUUUACUAUAACACAGUGAUGCAACAUACUGAUUUGUGAUCUUCAAGUGAGGCUCUGGGCAGAACAUAAGGGUGGUUUUAAUGGUAUCAAUUCCUGUUUGAUAUAAUUGCUGGGAGUGUGAGGACACCCUGACCUCUCACCGAGACCCUGGGGUGGGGGGAUGGUGGUUAGCGUGAGUUACGGUGUCUCAGUCACUCUACUCCUUGGCCUAAGCACUCCCUGAAUGGUCACUGGACAUGCAACACUUCACAAAAAAUAAAUACAUACAUAAUAUGGCUUGCUCAGGGAAGAAUGGGGAAUUGAAAGACAAAUGGCACCGAUGGCGAGAGGGAGCAUUAAUGCACAGAGUCACUCCCAGCUGCCCAGUU